AUGUCUCCGAGUGUUCUCAAGACUAGGAAGGCCUAUAGCAUCGCCUCUAUCCCUGCAGAUGGCAUUGGGAUCGAGGUAGUCGAAGCUGGUAUUGAGGUUCUCACAGUUCUCGCCGAUUGCUUGCAGUCGUUUGACUUGAACUUCACUCAUUAUGACUGGAGCUCCGACAGGUAUAAAAAGACUGGGAAGUAUAUCCCUGCGGGCGGCCUUGAGGAGCUUAAGAAGCAUGAUGCGAUACUCUUUGGCGCGGUAGGGUCGCCAGAUGUCCCGGACCAUAUUUCCCUCUGGGAGCUCCGUUUGGCAAUAUGCCAGCCUUUUCAGCAGUACGCCAACGUGCGCCCCACCCGCAUCCUCCCAGGCACUCAGUCCCCCUUCGUAACUAGUAAUGCCCAGCGUAAUGGCAUGGUUCUCUGGGAUGAGGUCGCAGCCGAGGUGGCAAAAGAGUUCCCCGAUGUCACCGUUGAUAAGAUGCUAGUUGAUGCCAUGACCACUAGAAUGGUUCUUAAGCCUGAAAGCUUGGAUACUAUCGUCGCCACUAACUUGCACGCCGACAUUCUCUCCGACCUCGCCGCUGCCCUAGCUGGCUCAAUCGGCAUCGCCCCUACCAGCAACCUUGACCCCACUCGUGAGAACCCUUCCAUGUUUGAGCCUAUCCACGGCUCCGCCUUCGAUAUUACCGGCAAGGGUAUCGCCAACCCUGUUGCUACCUUCUGGACUGCCGCUGAGAUGCUUACCUGGCUCGGCGAGGAAGAGGCCUCCACAAAACUAAUGCAAGCUGUCGAGGCCGUCUGCGUUUCUGGUAUUACCACCGUUGAUCUUGGUGGUAGAGCGACAACAAAGGAGGUUACGGCUGCGGUUGUGGCAGACAUUAAGCAGAGGUUUGGCAAGGUUGCUAAGGUUCAUACUGUGUAG